GUGUUGACUUUUUGUCAGCUUCACCAAACAAGCGGCAGUUUUGCCUAAACCUUCUGCCGAGCCAUGUCUCCUCCGACUGUGCCUCCAACCGGUGUGGAUGGUGUGUCUGCAUACCUGAUGAAGAAAAGGCACACUCACAGAAAGCAGCGGCGCAAGCCCACUUUCCUCACUCGUAGGAACAUAGUGGGCUGUCGCAUUCAACACGGCUGGAAAGAAGGCAAUGAGCCAGUGGAGCAGUGGAAGGGCACUGUGCUGGAGCAGGUUUCUGUGAAGCCCACUCUGUACAUUAUUAAAUACGAUGGCAAAGACAGUGUGUAUGGACUGGAACUGCAUCGUGACAAGAGAGUUUUAGCGCUUGAAAUUCUCCCUGAGAGAGUGCCAUCUCCUCGCAUAGAUUCACGCCUAGCUGAUUCCCUGAUUGGGAAGGCAGUGGAGCAUGUGUUUGAAGGCGAACACGGUACGAAAGAUGAAUGGAAGGGCAUGGUACUAGCGCGAGCCCCAGUGAUGGAUACUUGGUUUUACAUCACCUACGAGAAAGAUCCGGUUCUUUAUAUGUACACCCUGCUGGAUGACUACAAAGACGGAGACCUGCGCAUCAUUCCAGACUCCAACUACUACUUCCCUACAGCAGAACAGGAGCCAGGAGAAGUGGUCGACAGUCUCGUGGGCAAGCAGGUUGAACACGCCAAAGAUGAUGGAUCCAAGAGAACUGGCAUUUUCAUCCACCAAGUAGUGGCCAAACCGUCUGUCUACUUCAUCAAGUUUGAUGAUGAUAUUCACAUUUACGUCUAUGGUUUGGUGAAAACCCCGUAAGUUCAUUAUGCUCUUUGCAAAUAAAGUUGGGAAACAAUUAGAUAUAAAAUAUUUUGUGUUUGAAUUGUGAACCUUGAGAAUAAUUUUGGGUCUCGAAAUUUAUGCAUGUGAGUAAAUCUUACUGUGCCUCCAAAUCUUCACGUACUAUGUCCGCAAUUUGGUCUCAAAUAUACAAUUGGUACUUUUGAUAUUGCUUUGUUCUGUAAUUGGAAAUUUAAAUUAGAUGCUAAUAGAAAAU